CCGCGGAGGCUUGUGGGUAACCGGCCAGGGGUCUCCUGGCGACGACGAUGGCGGGGGAUGUGGGCGGUCGCAGCUGUACGGAUUCGGAGCUGCUGCUGCACCCGGAGCUGCUGUCCCAAGAGUUCCUUCUCCUCACCCUGGAGCAGAAGAACAUACCUGUUGAAAAUGACGUGAGAAUAAACAAAGACAAUCUUACUGAUCUUUAUGUCCAGCAUGCAAUACCAUUGCCUCAGAGAGAUUUGCCAAAGAAUAGAUGGGGGAAAAUGAUGGAAAAGAAAAGAGAACAACAUGAGAUAAAAAAUGAGACUAAAAGGAGUAGCACUGUAGACGGGUUAAGGAAAAGACCCCUCAUUGUAUUUGAUGGAAGUUCAACAAGUACAAGCAUAAAAGUGAAAAAGACAGAGAAUGGAGAUAAUGAGCGACUCAAGCCUCCCCCUCAGGCAAGCUUUACCAGUAAUGCCUUUCGAAAAUUAUCAAAUUCCUCUUCAAGUGUUUCACCCCUAAUUUUGUCUUCCAAUUUGCCUAUGAACAAUAAAAUGGAACACAAUAAUAAUGACACUAAACAGAACCAUGACUUAACGCAUAGGAAAAGUUCUUCAGGCCCUGUGAAGUCGCCACCUUUGUCCCCUGUUGGAACUACUCCAGUAAAAUUAAAGCGAGCUGCUCCUAAGGAAGAAGCCGAGGCCGUGAAUAACCUGAAGCCCCCAGAAGCGAAGAGGAAGAUACAACAUGUUACAUGGCCGUGAAGGAAAGUUUCCAAAAAUGUAAAUAUAAUUGUAACUGUAGUUUUUCAAACACUUUCACAUAUACUGACAGUAUUUACAGAGAUCCUGAUUGUUACAGAAUUUUCUUAAGAGGUUUAAAAUUAGGUUCAGAAAAAUAGUCUCGUCUUUCCUUUCCUUUCCUCCUUUCCUCUCUUCCUUUUUUAAAAAAAUUCUUGCCUUUCAUGCCCUGAUUAGGAAAGAAUUUGUUUUAAACGAAUGGCUUAGUAUAAGUCAUUUAUCUUGACUCUAGUCAAAUCAUUAGCUGCAAGUCUGGUCCAAAGCAUCUGAUGAAUUUUAGGAAUUAUCCUCAUUAGUCUAUUUCAGUCUUUGGGGGAAUUUGAGAUUUUUUUUAAAACUCGAAUACUUUAGUAGUUCACAAUUUUUAUUUCUUUUCCCAAGCAAAAGAUAACAGUUCCUCAAAAUAUUUUAAUAAAAACUGCCAAACUCAUCCUCCAGGUUCACCAAGAAAAGCAUAUUUGUAGUGCUGCCAAUAAACUAUUAGAAUAUGUGGAUAAAAUUGCUGUUUUUUAAGUGCUUGCAUUGCUUCUUCCCAUAAAUCAAAAGGGAAAUCAGUGCUUGCUGUUGCUCCUUUCCUUGAAGUCCUGACAGAAUUAAUUUAUUCUGAGUUGACUGGCCAGUCUCGCCCCUGGUCCACCCGUGAGAACGUUCUUGUCCUGCUGCAGCCCUCCUACCCUUUUCAUGAGCAGUCUGUGAUCUCCCUCUGAGCUCAGAUAUCACACCCUCCUAGGAGCUUACUCUUUUCAAAAUGAAGCUAACUGUAAAAUCUACUGGUGAAGUAAUCAUGUUAGAAGUGGUACCUCAUGGCAGGAAGUUUAGAGACUAGGAAGAGUGGAAUAGAAUUCUAGAACUUAAGAGAGUCCAGGAAGUAUGGCAGUGAGGGGGGAAAACUCAGUGUGACCUGGAGUGGGCAGAGAGGAGAUGCUGAAGUCAGAAGUCAGCACAGAGUGACAGCACAGGAGAGGUGUACCAGCUGGACGGGGUUACCUGCUGGUGCAGUAUGGACAGCUUCCCACAGAGCUGUCACACGCACACAGAAGUGUCUAGUAAGGGUUUGUGUUUGUCUUCAAGUGGUGUUCUCAUUCCACUUGUAUAGUGGAAGUCAGUGGGAAAAUAGGGUACACCUUAUAUUCUAGUUCUAGUGUCCACUUUUCUGCUAUAUAUUUCUAACCAAGCGCAAAGGAUAGUUUAUACUUUUUCCUUUGUAUGAUUGAUCUUCAAAUUGGGGUUUGCUUUUUCACUACUUUUAGAGGAGUCUCAUUCUUCUUUUGAUUUGUUUGAAUAAGCAUUUUAGUUCAGCUAUUGAAUAGCCUUACAAAAAAUUAAUUCAGCCUUGCAGGUAAGUACUGUACUAAAAUUUUAACUCUAGUUUUUAGCCAUUCUGCCUUUAUCCAGACUGUAAAUCUGUACUCAUAAGACACAAUUGAUACACACUAAGUGUUGCUAAAUUGUUAAUGUUGUGGUAGAUUGUUAAAUAUAUAGUUAUCUGCAGGGCUGAUAUAUGUAAUAUUUCUGUUGAAGGACAACUGUGAUCCUAUACAUAAUUGUAUAUUAAGGAGAUUUUAAAAGUGCAGAUUUUAGGGUAGAAUGACAAAUUAUAUUUUAUAUUCAGUUGUCCCCUCUGCUUCUAUCUGCAUUUCUCUCUUAGUUAAGAGAGAGUUAGCCAUUUGACAGUUUUAAGUCAGUGGAAACUUAUUUUUAGUUACUCAAUAAAAUUAAUUUUUAAUUUGUAUAUUUAACUUACAGAGUAGGUUGGUAAUAACAGCUGAACUGUGUAACAUUGUUGCUUCAAAUUGAAGUUUAUAUUAUGAACAUUCAAAAUCAGUGCUCAUAUAGCAGCAUAUUAUUGAGCUAUUUUGAGUUUGAAAUGUGGAGAAGCACUAAACCAUGUACUGUGUAUUACAUAAUAGCAACAUCUUAGAGUGCUGUGCCUUCGCAAGGUGUAUACAUACAGUUUGUCCUGAUAUGUCUUUCCUCACAUGAUGAAGCCUGCUGAAUGAUUGAACUCUGAAGCAGAAGUGUUGUUUUGGUGUGCUUUAAAGGUUAGAAUGACAGGAUUUGAAUGGCGAACGACUUUGGAAUACUCUUUACUCACUAACCUGGGUUAAUAUUGUUGCUCUUGAUUCUAUAUUCCGAUAAGCCUAGCUUUUCUUAUUAUUGGGGUAGGCAGAUGAUUGACAUUAGAGUCAGUGAGUGGCUUCUGAGGUGUAGUUACAGGCACUUUACCACUUUCUGCCAUUGGCAGGUGGACUUGUUCUUUUCUCUCUCUCUCUUUGGUUCCCUGUUUUCCUUUUUCUUAUCUUCCUUUGCCAUAUUUUUACUUUCUUUGCUUCCACUCUUAUUCCUCCUUUCUGUAGAUCCUAAGCUUCAGGCUUAGGUUUGCAAGUCCUAACUGCUUGGCCCUGAGGGGUGAAGAGGCUGACCCUAAUCCUCUUCCAUUUGAGGGAUCGUAGGCUGCUGCAUGAAUUCUGGGAAGUCUCGAGACCCUGCAGCACCAGGGCACUCCCUUGCUUCCCACUGGCGGUAGAGGCAGCACAGUUUACCAAAACAGCUUUAUUAGCCAGACAGCUACAAGGCACUUUGGAAAGCUGGUUCAACUAUUACUUGGAGGCCAUAAUAUUUUUGCUAGUAUUAAAAUUCUCCAGAAUUUUAAUUAUUAUUUGAAAUAAUAUUUUGGUUGACUUAAGUUUUGAUGAUUCUAAAACUGAUCUAGAGACUCAUUCAAUAGCAAUGACCUUUUUAAAACUUACAUUAAGUAAAACUGCCAGUAGAUUAAAUCAUAUGUGUGUAAGAGCUUCCUCUAUUUACUACUGUGGAACUUCAGUAAUUUUUAGAGGCUACAAAAUGGUCAAAAUGUUUUUAAGUGUGCUCUUUUAUUAAAUGCUUGUGCAGGUUUUGUAAUUCAGUACAGAAAGUUUAACCUUGUAAUGUACAUUUUUCUAUGUAAAAAGUCUUUUAAGUAGCCUUAUCCUUAUUUAAAUAAACUGAAUAAAAUUA